AUGCGUAGGAUCUGGCUGAGAAGAAACAACCUCCUUUUCAACAAAAAAUUCUACAGUCCAAAGAGUUUAAUUCAGCUGGCAAGCGAGGGACUAGAGGAUUAUAAGACUGCACAACUGAUUUCUAUUAGUAGAACAGUCUCUGGUGCAUUAGAUGGAUCAAAAAAGAAAUGGCAAAAACCCAAUCCUGGAGUAGUAAAGGCCAAUUGGGAUGCUAGUCUUGAUUUACAUGCCAAGAAAAUGGGGGUAGGAAUUUGUAUUAGAGACGAGGAAGGUGAGGUGUUGGUUUCUGCCUGUGAUGUGAGGGCACAUGUGGACAAUCCUGCACGUGCGGAGUGCAUGGCUUUGUGGAAGUCUUUGGAGAUUUGCAAGGAGCUGGUACUGUUAAAAGUUUCUUUUGAAGGGGAUGCAGCUGCUGCUGCUGUCAUCAAUGCAAUUAGCAAGGAUGGUGAAGAUCAAUCGUGGAUGGGGCAUAUUAUAGAAGACAUCAAAAGGAUAAUCACAGAGAGGGAGGACUGGACAGUGAAUUUUGUUCCUCGAGAGGGCAAUUGUGUUGCUCAUUUGUUAGAUAAACAUGCUUUGGUUUUAGGGGAGGAGAGAGUAUGGAUUGAAGAGGGACCUUAUGUUAUUUGUAAUGUUUUGUUGCAGGACAAAUUUUGUAAUGUUUCUGGUUGA